AUGGCUGGGCAGUUCUGGUUUCCCUCUAUGACUGUCCCGGAGAUCGUCGACGCGUUCAACGGCUGGGGCUAUACCAUCAGCCACGAAGAUGUGGCCCGACCAUCGCCUGAGUUCGUACUGGGCAUUUAUAGUGCAUGUCUGGAGCAAGUUACCGGAAUCAACACAAGUGUACUGCAAUCUCCAGCAGAAGCAGCGCUGGCUUUCUCCGAUAAUUCUGACCUAUAUACAGAUGCAUUGUCGCAGAACCUCUUACUAUAUCAUUUACAACGCUUUGCGGCAGCGGCCCAAUGCGCGGACUUCAGCGCGAAGGACCUCUAUUUCCCUGAACCAGAACGGACACGUUCUCUAUUCUCCGCAUUCAUCAAUUUUGUGAAGUUCUCAGAGCAAUGCGAAAGCUUUAUCACUGGACUUCGUGAAAAGUCUGCAAAUGUCAUUGACGAGCGCAACAAGGUAGCUGCAGAAGUAAUUGAAGUUCACCAGAGGGUGAAUGCAAUCAAGGAAAAACGCGCAGAAGAUGAGCCCAAAUGCGAAGUACUCCGACAAGAAAAUACUUCGAUGACUGAGCAGCUCGUAAAGUACAAGGAAACACAAUUGUCUCUCCUCAAAGACCUCGAAUCUUUGAGGCAGGAUAUCGAGGCUAUCCUCCAGAGUAAAGAAGAUGUAAACAAAGAGAGUGCCUUGAUAUCGGACGCAGUAAGCCGGACGCGUUCGCGCAUUGUACAGUCUCCCGAACGGAUUAAACGCAAAAUUGUCACCAUGGGUACCACGGCUACAGAGGACAAGAGAACGGUGGCCACACACGAGACCAAGAUCCGCGACCUACAGACGAAAAUCGCUGCCUUGCUUAACAUCGAGAAGGCUAGUGACGUGCGCUCGUGUGUCGAGCAGUUGCAAGUCAUUGAAAAGGAGACAAAUGCCCUGGACGCUUCCCAGAAGGAGUUGACCGAUUUAAGAGAUCAGCUUGACCAGAAGAAAGGCGAACGAAAUGAGCUCCAGAUGAAGCGCGAAAGGGUCUAUAAGCAAUUGUCCAACGCGCAAGAGAAACUCGAAAGGGCGCAACGACAUGCCGAAGACAAGCGGCUAGCGAGCCAACAAACGAUUGAGCGACUCCAGCGCGAAUACGAGGAAAUGGCUGUAGAGCGCCGGGACAAUGAUAAGCAAGUAGAGGAAUUGCGAGCGGAAGCGGAUGAGAUUGAACGGAAGAUGGCGGACCAUCUGAAAAAGAAUCAAGCGGAGCUGAAUGAACUUUUGACCGAGUACUGGAGGCUAAGGCAUGAAACCGGUAAAGUCUCUGUCGCACAAACACUACGUUACUAA